AUGCAUUGCACAGAGCUCCUUAUUUUUCUCUUGGGGUGCGCCUGCCAGUGUGCAAAGACUGCGCUGCACGCUCUUUGGCCCCCCCCUUUGCAGGUCAUCUGUUCAAACCCCCAGCAUCACGUCUACCAGAAGCAGGACACGGAGCUGCGUCUCUCGUGCUUCUGGGAUGGGCAAGUCGACCUGAAGUAUUCCAGGAUGCCCGUGUGGGCAUCGGAGGUUGAGGGAGAAGAAGCAGACCCCCAACCUCCUCCUCGCUGUCAGUGGUACCAAGAUGCCCUCUUGGUCAUGCAAACCCAGCGCUGGUCAGGUCAGCUUGUGCUGAGCAAAGGCCUGGAUGGAGGACGCCCCGACCCCUCUCGGGCCUUUACCCGGAUUGUGAUGCAGUGUGUGUCAGUCCUGUGCCGGGAGCCUCCCUGCACUCACCGCAACUUUAGCAUUGACGUUUCCAGGCAAGAUGUCCGCCUCUUCCUCCUGUCCCCCCAGAACCUCCCCAUCUGGGAAUGGCAACCCGUGACGUUGGGCUGGUGUGCACGCCUUAAAAGUUCCCUCUGGAGCUACCGCUUCAAGAGUGAAGGGGGUAGCCCUGCAGACGUGCUUAUUCCCAGCAACCAACACAGUGAACCGUUUGCCUCCACCACAGGCCUCCACGCACCGUUGCACCAUGCCUGUGAAGUGUAUUAUUACUAUCACACAACCGUGCGUUAUCCCCAGCGUGGAUUCUAUACGGUGUCGCUCCACUUAGAGAAUGGGCCUCCACUCAGCCUUAGUCUGGCAGCCUUCCACGUGCGGCCUGCUCUGCUCCACGUCUUCAGCACCUCUUCUACCUUGCUUAGUCGAACCCAGAGGUCUCUCGCCCUCUCCUGGCGUCUCCAGCCCCUGAGCUCCACCAUAGCAGCCUACACAUUGGAGGAUCUGCAGGGACUGGAGGAAUGGUCUCUCUCCUACCAGUACAACCCUUUUGCUCUGCAAAGCAACUUCUGUGCUCCACCCAUCUCACGAACCUCUGGGAAGAAGGUGAUCUCCAGAAUCUACUUCCGAACCAACAAAACGUUCUCUGAGGAGCUGAGAGGACAUCUUGAUUUCUCUAAUGACACUUUGAUUUUCCAAGCCAGCAGUGCUGCCCGGGUUUCCAUCAGGCUCAACCCACAGAAAACCAAAGUGGGGACAUACAUUUUUAACCAGCACCUGGGGCUCUUGUAUUCCACCCUAGAAGACAGUGGUUCCUCCGGGACCAGUGGGACCUCCAGUCUCCACCACCUCUUUUUCCAGCAAGUGGCUCUUUCUUCCCUAAUUGCCAUUGAAUUUGUGAAGAUACAAUGGUUCAGGUUCACCGUGCACUUAUAUCUGAACCAAAAGGAGAUCCUGUUCAAGUCCUUAGGCGAAAAAGAGAUUGAAGUUCACGUCUUCAGCGGGCAUUCCCCCGAUAAAAACUUUGUCUAUAUUGUGUGGUUCAUACCUGUGCCGCACCCCCGCUUGCAGUGUGACUGGGCGUUCAGCCUGCAGCUUUUUCACUCCGGGAAGGAACUCCUCCUUUGGCAUAAGACGUACACCUACAGGGACCGUGUCAAAAACGCCUCUCGCUUUCUCCCUCCCUCUGCCUUGUCUUUCAGACCCACGCAGUAUGCAGGCUUUGUAGCAGAAGUGAAUUGCAGGCAAAACGGACUCGUGCGGGCUGUUUUAAAAGCCACCAUUGGGACUUAUGCCUCGAGGGUGAUGGAGCCGGCUGUGGCCUGCCAAAAAAGUUAUUGCUAUAAACUGACCGUUGCGAUCCAUAAACCUAACCCUUUGGAUCCCGUGCUGCGUUACAGGAGAGAGAAGGCGAUCGCUUUGCAGGCAACAGCCAAAGCGAAAUGCAGGACCCGUCCACAGCUGGGUCUCCUUUGGAAAAUAUACAAUCUGAGCACUGCGUGGUCCGUUCCAGAUUGGCCAAACCCGCUCACACUCCCUGAGGGGCUGAACACCGGUGGCACCGUGUUGCACAUCCCUGGAAAUGUCCUGACGUAUGGCUUCCACCAUGUCAAUGUGAGCAUGAGCGUACACCUACCUGCAGAAAACAUAACGUUCAUUGAGUCCAGCUCAGUUUUCCUCCAAAUUCUAGAAAGUGGGUUAAUGGCAGUUAUCGCCGGAGGCCUAUUUCAGACUGUGGGUGUUUCUGAUCGGUGGUCCUUGGAUGGGUCUCCCUCCUCAGACCCUGAUUCCAUCAAGCCUCUGGAAGGAAUUCUGUUCCACUGGUUCUGUAGCAAGCGGGAGUCAGACUAUUCGGCAAUGGAGUUAGGUCCCGGUCAGAAAUGCCACCCAGGACAACUUGAUAUGCACUGGACUCACUCCAAAGAGCCAGUACAAGUAGUGGAACCAAAGACCCUUCAGGAGAACACGAUGUAUUAUUUUAAGCUGGUCAUUACCAAGCAAACCCGGUCUGCCCACACGUUCCAAGCAGUCCGUGUCCUCCCUGGUUCUGCGCCUGUCCUGAGCAUCGUCUGCUUUGAGAACUGCGAGAAAGCCAUCCAAACCACGGAGAGAUUGAUUCUGUAUGGAAAGUGUCUGAACUGUGAAAAAGCCCGCUUGGUUUAUUUUUGGACCCUUCUUUUAGCCGAUUCCAAGGAAGUCAGUUUUGACUGGGCUUCUAAAACUACGACUGGGAGAGCCAGUCCAUAUUUGCAUGUAAAUUCUUUGGCCUUUAGGUACGGCCAGUUCUAUACCCUUAAACUGAAAGUAAGCAAAGGGGGCGUCCCGUUGGCCGUGAGUAGCUAUUCCUUUUAUGUCCAUGUCCCUCCUCGGGUGGGAAAAUGCUUUAUCGAGCCAAGGGAAGGAAUCGCGCUGAUGACAAAAUUCAUUCUCCAGUGCACUGGAUUUGACGACAAGAAGGGACCUCUUACCUACAAAGUGAUAGCCCGUGCUGAUCUAGCCGAAAUAGCUAACAUAUCAUCUGUGCAAAAUAAUACAUUCGGAACCAUCAUUUAUCUUGGCCAUCAGCAGAAGACCCCACCCUCAUUUCUCCCCAGUGGUAUUCCAUCUGAAAAAUAUGCUCUGGACAUAUUUGUUCAAGUAUAUGACACUGAGGAGGCGUUUUCUCAAGUCGGGUUGCAGGCGACGGUGCAUGAGUCAAGAUCUAGUAAGCCCACUGAUGUUGUUCUUGACGAAUUGUAUCGCCUAAUCAGACAGCUUAGUAGCCCCCCCUCUGUCUUCCUUGAGACCAAGGAUUACUUUCAUGCAGGCUUCAUUCUGUAUAUGGUGGCCUCCGAACUUAAUCACAUUGAGGCAUUGCCAGGUUUUUAUCAUUCUAAAACUGAGCUGCGAGAAAUGCUUCUUAACAAGUCUUCGCAGAUUCCCACCACCGAGACAGGGGUGCUAAACCAAAUAAUCUCCAGCAUUUGCCAGAUAACACAGGACCCAAAUGAAAUCAGUAGGGAAUCCCAACUUAUCGCGGUCAGAACCCUAAAGAAAGUCAGCAAAGCUCUGAAAAGGCAUAGAGACACCGAUCUUGGUUCUGAAGAAGUGGAGGUCCUCGCCAACGGCGUCUUCACCGGGCUGUCCAACGUGUUAAGAGCUGCCCUCUUAAACCAUAGGAAUGUACGUGUGAAUGUAGUCAAAGAAAUAAUUUCUGUGUCAGAAUUAUUGGCAGAGAUAGUCUUGCAAGGCAGAGUCCCUGGGGAACACGGCAUUUUUAUGGAAGCCAAAGGCUGGUCCAUCCAUUUAUGGAAAGAUGAAAACGGGGAAGUUUCUAGGACUCUCGCUAAGAGAAGACCCUGUGAGAAUUGCUUUUAUCCUAGAGUGAAGUUGGACAGCCAGAGGGAGUUACCGGCAAAUGCUCUGAUUUCGAUUGCUCAUUACGUAUUUGAGGAGAAUCCUUUCCCUUGGCUGGCGAAGGCAGCGGAUACUCACACGGUCGUGAUGGGGUUCAAAGUGGUGGGUGCCAAAGCAAAUGGUGACGUCAUUGGGGUCACCCCUAGAGUGGCCGAAGUGAUCAUGGAUAGACUAGAUAAGGAUCCCAACACAUUUAACCUGACGAUGGGGCUAGAUAAAAAGCGUGCUGCAACAGUGGGUGGGUUUAGUAUGGAAGUAAACAGAAACUCUCCCGACAUAUACAUCCAGAUUUUGUGCAAUAGGAACAUCACUUUCAAUGUCUCUGUCUACUUGGGACUCAAUGUUAGCUCCCCCCCGGUUGUGUCUUACACUGCUUUCCCUGACAAACCUCCCGUUCUGCAGAAAAGGGAGACCAGUCUUGACUGUGCAAUUAAGGCUCCAUACAUCCUUUGCCUUCCACGGGCCUUGCUCUGGUCUGGACUCCAAGCCAAAGCUGCAGAUAAGUGGAAUGUUUCAGUGGUCCUCAGAUCUCUACCCCUGGUGAGAAGGCAGAACACCAAGAUGGUUCGCAUUGUGGCUUUUACCGCACACUGCCAAGAUCUCGGUAACCUUCCCAACCUCGAAGCUUCCGGAGAGACUUGCCAUCUGGGCCCUCAGACCAGGUUGUCCAAGCUCCAUUGUGUCUGUGGAACAAACACCAAAAUGGCUCGGAGCCAGUUACAAAAGCCUUCUAAACCUGAAGUCAGAUUCGUUGCUGGCACGUUUGUUAUUUACCCCAAUCCUUUGGAUAUAAAGAAAGUACUCUCGGCCAGUUUUGACACAAAUCCAGUGACCAUUUUGACAGUAUUUUUCAUUUUUGCAGGCUACUGCUUCUGUGCAUCCUGGGCUAUAAUUAGAGAUAAAGAGGACAUGAGAAAGAAGAACAAAAUCUUUGUCUUGGCAGAUAAUGACCCUUAUCACAGAAUGCAUUAUCUGGUCACCAUCUAUACUGGAAGUCGCUUGGGAUCUGGAACCACGGCUGAUGUUUUUCUUGAAUUGAUUGGGAAGGAUGGCUACAGCGAUGUCCACUGCAUGAAGCAUCCAAAAUUCCCAACCCACUAUCGUGCAGCUGUUGUCACCUUUCUUCUAGCUACAAGGUAUGACAUAGGGGACAUUGAUUACAUUCACAUCUGGCACAAUAAUGUUGGUUCUUCCCCAAACUGGUACUUAAGCAGAGUCAAAGUAUUUAACGUGGAAACUCAAGGAUCGUGGCUGUUUAUCUGUAGGAACUGGUUAGGCCUUGGCAAGGCGGAUGGCAAAAUAGAAAGAUUUGUUUCUUUUUCAACUCCAAAAUCGAGGUUAGAGAAAAUGGAUUACUUUUUGAUAAGCCUGGCUAGAGACUUAGAAGACAGUCAUCUCUGGCUUUCCAUAUUUUCUCAAGUGGCCACCGGUUCUUUCACCAGGGUACAGAGAGUUUCUUGCUGCCUGGCUAUAAUGCUUUCAACUUUGCUCCUGAACAUCAUGUUCUUCAGUGGUCAGGAAGAAGAAGAUGUUAUUUCAUUAAAACUACGUAUCAUGAGAUCCAUGUAUAUUGGGUUCUUCAGUGCUCUGUGUUGCGUUCCUUUACAGCUGACUAUCACCGUCUUAUUUAGAUAUUCCCAGGAAAAACCUUCCGAAGACAAGGAUGACAUAGUGCCUGAAUAUACCCCCUCAUCUUCAGAAACAGAUGAGGAAGCUGACGACAGCUCCUCAUCUUCCGAAUCUACUGAUGAAGAAGAGGAGCCAAAGGCAACUGCCAGCGCGGCUAAUGUGGCGGAAAAGGAGCCCACUAGUAUUAGUGCAAGGAAAAGAUUUAUUAUGCUGAUCAAGUUAUUUACUCGAAAGCCACAGUUUGCAUGGUGGUGGAGAUACGUCGCUUGGGUCCUCAUUUUUCUAAUGUCUUUCAUCUCUGCCUUGUUCAUUAUCUUAUAUGGCCUCACCUACGGCUAUAGUACCUCAACAGAGUGGUUCAUAGCAUCCAUCACGUCGUUUUUCGAGAGCGUGUUUCUGCUGCAAACCCUAAAGAUGGUCGUCAUCUCAGGUGUGAGUACCAUUAGCCUCAAGCACUGUAAGAACCUCUCCUGGGUAACUACAGAGCAAUACCAAAAGAUGAAGCUGGUCAGAGUGAAUAUAGAUGUCAAGGAUGUUCGAAAGUUUCACCACGAACUGAUCAGAAUUAAGCAGACCAAGGAAUAUGAGCCUUUGGAAGAGGACGAAGUCGUUAUCUUAAGAAAGAAAGUACGAGCACAACACCUAGCAUUUGUUUUCAUAAAGGAUAUCAUCUGUCACCUUAUCUUUGCUUCUUGUAUUUUAAUUGUGGCUUACUCUACUGACCCCACAGUUUCUUUUUAUCACAACAAAGUUCUCUAUGAUAAGUUUUCCCUUGGUCUGUCCAAAGUAACGGAACUCAGAGACAUUUACAUUUGGAUGAAGGACACCUUUGUACCUUUGAUCCAUAAUGACUAUCAACCCACCUACCUUUCAGACUCCUGGUCCAAAAUCCUUGGCUUGCCCAGGAUGAGACAGGUCAGAGGACAGCAUUUCACAAAGCCAUGUUUUCCUCCAAACCACUUUGCAAAUAAUUAUUUGAUUGGCAAAAAACCCUGUCACUAUGAUUUUGCUCAUGAUCCAGAAGAUCAAAGGCACUACCUUGGGUCAUGGGCCAAGCCAACUAACACGUCCACCUCCAAGCACACUGCUGAUUUUCAAGGGUUUACUUACCAGUCAGACAUUGAUCAAUGGGAAUAUAAGUCUUAUGGUAUGGUCAAUUCAUAUGGUCCUGGAGGAUAUUCCUUUUAUUUCUUUCCAGGAGAGCAACGACCCAACACAACAAUAAGAUUGGAAGAAUUGCAAAGGAAUAAAUGGCUUGAUGAACGGACCUGGGCUUUGAUUUUUGAGCUGACCACCUUUAGUCCAGAUGUAGAUCUAUACUGCAGCAUCACUGUCAUUUUUGAAUACAUUGACUUGGGCAUUAUUAGUUCAACUUCGUCAAUUCAUUCCUAUAAACUCUCUAAAUUCCAGUAUGAAACCACCUCUCGGAUGGUUGUCUAUGGAAUCAUAGUGUACAUUCUUGUAUUCUACCUAGCAGAUGAAUUUCACAUGUUACGUCAAGAAAGAAUAGGUUAUCUCCAGACAGCGACAAACUUAAAUAAUUUCGCCAUAAAGACCAUCUGUAUGUUUUUUAUAUUGCUCAUCGCACUGAAAUUCAAGCUGGCAUUUACCUUGCUGGAGUUUUAUCUGCUUCAUCCAGAAGAAUUUGUUCCCUUCCAGGUGGUUUCUCAAAUUGACCAGGUCUACAGGAUGGUGGCGGGCAUUUUAGCUUUUCUCCUGGUGCUGAAACCCUACCGUUAUUUCAGGUUCUUGUACAACGUGCGUCUUGCCGAGCAAACUAUGUCCAAAGCCUUCCCUGUGUUCCUUCAUUUGACGGUUCUUGCCAUACUGCUGUUUUGCACAUACGUGUCAUUUGGAUAUCUCAUAUUUGGUCAGCACGAGUGGAGUUUUAAUACUUGGUUUCGGUCUCUGCAGACUGUAGUUUCCUAUUGUUUUUCGGGGUUUAAGCAGAUGGACGUUGCGUCGAGAUGGUGGCUCACAGUAUUUUUCCGAGCCUCAUUUCUCUUUACCAUGAUGUUCAUCUUCAUCAAUUUAUGGAGAAGCCUGUUAAUAUCAACUUACUCAUCAGUGAAACAGACAGUUUACGAGCAACAUUCGGAUGAAGCAGAAGCAAUAAACUUUUUGUAUUUGAAGAUGAAAACCGUAUGGUGUAAAUUAACCCACCAGUCAGCACCUGCAAGUGAUCAGGCCAACGUUACAAUCUUUGGAAAACCGGUACGCAGAGGUAGUCAACUGCAGGGGUUGAAAUGCAGGCGAAUAAAUGGCAAGAAAAUGGUUUACCUUUCGGUUUGAGAAAGAUAUUGGUGGACGUCGAAUACGUUCCCAAGCUGACCUCCACAGAGUUUUCAGUCUCAAAACUUUCCGUUGCAACCACCUCCAUCUUUGAUGAAAUUCUCACGCCGCUCAGAUUCUUAUUUUUCCUGUAACCACAACAAACAGCCCAAGAUUUAGCAUGCAGUGUCAUGCUUUAAAAAAAACUGUUCUG